GGUGGGAGACGGAGAAGGAAGAAGAGGCAGAGGAGAAGACGAAGCAAAGACGACACAGAGCCGAAGAAAAAUAUAUAUAUAAAUAAAAAAAAUAAAAAUUAAUUCAGAAAAUAAAAUCUCCGAAAAAUCGAGCUUGCGAAGAAGAGAAGGGGAAACGCUGGGGAGGAAGGGCUCUGAGCUUAACCUGGUCGUCACGUAAUUUUGCUGUCAUUGAAGGGUCCAAGCUCUCUCCAUUUUCUUGGAUCCGUAUUGCUUGCCCGGCAUUUCUCCGGGUCCGUCGUUUGAAGGGGUGGGAAGGAUUGGGAUUGAGGAGGCGGGGGUGCAGUGUGUGUGCCGCCGGUCAGUUUGAUGAUCGUUGUUGGAGGGUCGGGAGCAGAUCGAGGGAGCAGCCCGGAGUUCUGACUAGAUCGCAGUCAAAGUCCAGAUGGCUACUGUUGGAUCUUUCGCUUGGGUGGAAGAUCCCGACGUAGCUUGGAUAGAUGGUGAGGUUUUAGAAGUUAAAGGAGAGGAGCUCAAGGUCCUGUGCACUUCAGGCAAGACGGUGCUUGUGAAGGCCUCAAAUGUGUACGCUAAAGACACCGAAGCUCCACCAUGUGGAGUGGAUGACAUGACGAAGCUCGCUUAUUUGCACGAACCAGGCGUCCUGCAAAAUCUAAGAUCACGAUAUGAUAUGAAUGAAAUAUAUACAUAUACAGGAAAUAUAUUGAUUGCUGUAAAUCCUUUCACAAAAUUACCUCACCUCUAUGAUAGCCACAUGAUGGCUCAGUAUAAAGGAGCUGCUUUUGGUGAGUUGAGUCCACACCCUUUUGCCGUUGCAGAUGCUGCUUAUAGACUCAUGAUUAAUGAGGAGAAGAGUCAGUCCAUUUUAGUUAGUGGGGAGAGUGGAGCAGGUAAAACGGAAAGUACGAAGUUGCUUAUGCGUUAUCUUGCUUAUAUGGGAGGAAGAGCUGUAUCAGAAGGAAGAACUGUUGAACAGCAAGUCUUAGAGUCUAAUCCGGUGUUAGAAGCAUUUGGUAAUGCAAAGACCGUCAGAAAUAAUAACUCAAGUCGGUUCGGUAAGUUCGUGGAGAUUCAGUUUGACCGGAAGGGGAGGAUCUCGGGAGCAGCUAUCAGGACUUAUUUACUGGAAAGAUCACGUGUUUGUCAGGUGUCCGAUCCUGAGAGAAAUUAUCACUGUUUCUACAUGCUUUGUGCUGCACCACCGGAGGACAUUCGGCGGUUCAAGUUAGGACAUCCGAGAACAUUCCAUUAUUUAAACCAGUCAAAUUGCUUCCAGUUGGAAGGUCUUGAUGAGUCUAAGGAGUAUUUAGCAACAAGAAGGGCUAUGGAAAUUGUUGGAAUAAGUUCUGCUGAGCAGGAUGCAAUUUUUCAAGUUGUUGCUGCAAUUCUCCAUCUUGGAAAUAUCGAGUUCAUUAAAGGAAAAGAGACAGACUCAUCUACGCCCAAGGACGAGAAGUCUUGGUUUCACCUGAGAACUGCCGCUGAGCUUUUCAUGUGUGAUGCAAAGGCGCUUGAAGAUUCUCUCUGCAAGCGUGUGAUUGUAACUCGUGAUGAAACUAUUACAAAAUGGUUGGAUCCAGAGAAUGCAGUUCAAAGCAGAGAUUCUUUGGCAAAAAUUGUCUACUCAAGGUUGUUUGACUGGAUUGUGGACAAGAUUAAUAGCUCGAUUGGUCAAGAUCCUGAAUCAAAGUCCUUGAUUGGUGUUUUGGACAUAUAUGGGUUCGAGAGUUUCAACACAAACAGCUUUGAGCAAUUUUGCAUCAACUUGACAAAUGAGAAACUCCAACAACAUUUUAAUCAGCACGUUUUCAAAAUGGAACAAGAAGAGUACACCAAAGAAGAAAUUGACUGGAGCUACAUUGACUUUGUCGAUAAUCAAGAUGUUCUCGACCUCAUUGAGAAGAAACCCGGUGGGAUAAUUGCUCUUCUUGAUGAAGCUUGCAUGUUUCCAAGAUCAACUCACGAUACAUUUGCUCAGAAGCUGUAUCAGACAUUUAAGAACCACAAGCGCUUCAGCAAGCCCAAAUUGGCCCGUAGUGACUUCACAAUCUGCCAUUAUGCUGGAGAUGUCACUUAUCAGACGGAAUUGUUUUUGGACAAGAACAAGGACUAUGUUGUUGCAGAACAUCAGGCACUCCUGAGCGCUUCCAAGUGUUCUUUUGUGGCUGGUUUGUUCCCAACUUUGGCUGAGGAAUCUUCCAAACAAUCAAAAUUCUCCUCAAUAGGAUCUCGCUUCAAGCAACAAUUACAAGCACUCCUCGAAACACUGAGUUCUACUGAGCCACAUUAUAUCCGCUGUGUAAAGCCAAAUAAUCUUUUGAAGCCCGCCAUCUUCGAGAGCAAAAAUGUCCUUCAGCAACUACGUUGUGGGGGUGUCAUGGAGGCAAUUCGAAUCAGUUGUGCAGGGUACCCUACAAGAAGGCCCUUCUUUGAGUUUGUAGACAGAUUUGGCAUCCUUGCUCCCGAAGUUCUAGAUGGGAGUUCUGAUGAGAUCACAGUUUGCAAGAGGCUGCUGGAGAAGGUGGGAUUGGAGGGUUAUCAGAUUGGUAAGACAAAAGUGUUUCUGAGAGCCGGUCAAAUGGCAGAACUGGAUGCUCGAAGGACUGAGGUCUUGGGGAGGUCAGCGAGCAUUAUACAGAGGAAGACUCGUUCUUAUUUGGCUCGACGGAGUUUCCUCUCACUGCGCUGGUCUGCUAUGCAGAUGCAGGCUGUAUGUAGAGGACAACUUGCACGUGCAACUUACGAGAGUAUGCGCCGGGAAGCAUCCUGCUUGAAGAUUCAGAAGAAUUACCGAAUGCAUUUGGCGAGAAAAGCAUAUACAGACUUGUGCUCUUCUGCCAUUUCAAUUCAGACAGGGAUGCGUGGGAUGGCUGCUAGGAAUGAGUUACGCUUGAGAAGACAGAUUAAGGCUGCUGUUAUUAUUCAGAGUCAUUGCCGUCAAUACUUGGCACGUACACGCUACUUGAAGACAAAGAAAGCAGCAAUCAUUACGCAAUGUGCUUGGAGGGGGAGAGUUGCUCGCAAGGAAUUGCGGAAGCUUAAGAUGGCUGCGAGAGAAACUGGAGCUCUUCAGGCUGCAAAGAAUAAGUUAGAAAAGCAAGUGGAAGAACUCACAUGGAGGCUACAAUUGGAGAAACGAAUGAGAGCUGACCUGGAAGAAGCGAAAAAUCAAGAAAACGUGAAGCUACAGUCUGCAUUGCAGGAGAUGCAGCUUCAGUUCAAAGAAACCAAAGAAAUGCUUCACAAGGAACGUGAAGCCGCUAAGAAGUCAGCAGAGAUAGCCCCAGUUAUACAGGAGGUUCCAGUCAUAGACAAUGCAUCGAUGGAGAAGCUCACAAGUGAAAAUGAGAAACUCAAAGCUUUAGUGAAUUCACUGGAAAAGAAAAUUGAUGACACUGAGAAGAAGUAUGAGGAGACGAGAAAGAUUAGCGAAGAAAGGUUAAAGCAGGCUAUGGACGCAGAAUCAAAAUUAGUGCAGAUGAAAACUGAUAUGCAGAGGCUCGCAGAAAAGAUCUCCGACAUGGAAUCUGAGAACCAAAUACUUCGGCAGCAAACGUUGCUGAACUCGCCUGUGAAGAUGAAUGCAGAUAACUUAUCCACUCCAGUGCCUAAGAAUGUGGAAAAUGGGCACCAUGCAAUUGAAGAGAACAGGACAGUUGAACAAACUCCUAGCCCAAUUAAGAAGUAUGGCACAGAGUCUGAUAGCAAGUUUAGGAGAUCCCACAUUGAGCGUCAGCAGGAGAGCAUCGAUGCACUUAUUGGUUGUGUUACGAAGAACAUCGGCUUCAGUCAUGGGAAGCCCAUUGCAGCCUUCACAAUCUAUAAAUGUCUUCUCAAUUGGAAAUCUUUCGAAGCUGAGAGGACAAGUGUGUUUGAUCGGCUCAUUCAGAUGAUAGGUUCAGCAAUUGAGAGUGAAGAUAAUAAUGAUCAUAUGGCUUAUUGGUUGUCAAAUACAUCGGUAUUGUUGUUCUUGCUCCAAAAGAGUUUGAAGGCUGCAGGAUCAACGGGAUCGACUCGGAAACCUCCAGCUCCUACCUCGUUGUUCGGGAGAAUGACUAUGGGAUUCCGUUCAUCCCCCUCUUCUGCCCACCUUGCUGCCGCUGCAGCCACUGUAGUGCGCCAAGUUGAGGCCAAGUACCCGGCUUUGCUCUUUAAGCAGCAGCUCACAGCAUACGUGGAGAAGAUCUAUGGAAUCAUCAGAGAUAACUUGAAGAAGGAGCUGUCAUCUUUGCUUUCUCUUUGCAUCCAAGCACCGAGAACUUCCAAGGGGAGUGUACUGAGAUCUGGACGGUCCUUCGGAAAAGAUUCUCCAUCAAAUCACUGGCAGAGCAUCAUUGAUAGCCUGAACACUCUCCUCUGUACCCUGAAGGAAAAUUUUGUGCCCCCAAUUUUGGUGCAGAAGAUCUAUACUCAGACUUUCUCCUUCAUCAAUGUUCAGUUAUUCAACAGCCUGCUUCUGCGACGAGAAUGCUGUACUUUUAGCAAUGGUGAAUACGUAAAAGCAGGGUUAGCUGAGCUGGAGUUGUGGUGUGCUCAAGCAAAAGAAGAGUAUGCUGGCUCAUCUUGGGAAGAGCUCAAACACAUUCGACAAGCUGUCGGGUUCUUGGUUAUACAUCAGAAAUACCGAAUCUCAUAUGAUGAAAUCACCAAUGAUCUCUGCCCUAUCCUCAGCGUCCAGCAGCUGUACAGAAUAUGUACACUUUACUGGGAUGAUAGCUACAAUACUAGGAGUGUCUCUCCUGCAGUGAUUUCCAGCAUGAGAGUACUGAUGACAGAGGACUCCAACAGUGCCAUCAGCAACUCCUUUUUGUUGGACGACAAUUCCAGCAUCCCAUUCUCUGUGGAUGAGCUCUCCAAUUCGAUGCUAGAGAAGGAUUUCGAGGACGUAAAACCUGUGGAGGAGCUUCUCGAAAACCCAGCCUUCCAGUUUUUGUACGAGUAAGGCUAUGGGAAGCAUUGAAUGCGAUCCUCUCAGCAUAUUAAAGCUCCCGCUCUAGGAUCGCUGUCAUUUUCAUUCAAUCCGCUCGAUAUCCGUGCCCUGCCACAUGUCUAUUUUUUCAUUUGUUAAUUAAUACUCAAAAUGUAGAAAUAUGCGUAGUCGUGCGAGGCAGGGAUAUAGUUUUUGGUCGAGUUCGAAGCAUUCUUUUUUUUGGCAUUGGUUUUGUUUUGCUGGCAAGUUAUAUAACACACACUACAGGCAAUGUGUAUAUUUCUCAUUUCUGGUCAUUUGUUUUGGUGGCUGAGAAAAUUUCUACCUCUCCACUCCAAAGUGUCAAUGUACAAAGUUACAAACAUAUUAAUAUUGUCUACAAAGUAAUGAAAGAAAUUAUAUUUUGGUUUUGGUUA